CAAACAGACAGUGAACAAAAAAGAAAGCAAAGAUAAGAGUUUUUUUUUCUAGCCAACAUAUUUUUCCGGUUAUGCUAAAUAUGCGACCAUAUGUGCCCUCAAAUCGUAUCGCCAUACGCGAUUCCAUUGAUGAAGACAUAAGCGACGAUGUAGAUGAUGAGGUAUUCAUUAAGGAUUCAAAAUCAUCAAAGAUGAGCGAGGAGAAGGGCUUAAAACGUCCUUUAAUGGCACCCAGACGUAAAAAUGGCAAAUCUCAAAAUUCGGUGCCCAUAAUGAAAAAACAUCGCCGCUGCUGUUGGCGUUGCUGUGAACCCUUCUGCUAUGGCUUGGCUGCUUUGACCAUUAUUAUAGCCUUGAUUAGCUUGAUAGCUUUAAUACUAACCAUGGUUCCUGUUUCCAUGCAAAAAAUCAAAUUAUGGCUGCACCAUCCACAAAUUUCACCCUCUUUACCACUGGCUUUAAGCGAUGAUGGCCAGAAAUCUUAUGGCGACAGUAUGGGCAGUGAAUUUGUGCCUUGUACCCAGAUCAGUGUACAAAAGUUGUGGUCACGCACCUUUCCCCGCAUGAAUAGUGAGAGUCCGGUGCGUAAAGCUGAUUUGAAUGGUGAUGAUGUAUCGGAUAUAAUAUUUGGUUUUGGUGUCGAUGACAAUAUCCAGUAUGAGGGCUAUCCUUUGCCGAAAUGCAAGAGUCCCAUACAAGGGGAUGAGGUGCCCUGUGAGGGUGGUGUUAUAGCGGUGAAUGGUGUUAGCGGGGAUUUGUUGUGGCAAACUUGGAGUGUGGCGAAUGUGUUUUCGUUGUUGUGUACGGUGGAUAUAAAUCUGGAUGGUUAUCCGGAUUGUGUGGCGGCCGGAAGAUUGGGGAUGAUUUUCGCCAUAAAUGGUCGCAAUGGCAACAAUAUUUGGGAAUUCCGUGAGGUAGAAGUAGAGACCAACUCUCCCAUAGUCAUGGAUCUCUACACCAUUAACAUAGUGCGAGAUUUAGAUGGUGAUGAAAUCUCCGAAAUUUUAGCGGUACAUCUUGAAGAACGUGAAGAAUCCAAGGCGGGCCAUAUUAAAGUGAUAUCGGGUAAAACGGGUAAAGUUAUACGCACCAUACCGACACCCUUUAAAGAGGAGGUAUUUGUGCCAGUACAAAUUAUCACCAAAGAAGAUGGCACUGAACUAUUGCUGAUCAUCACGGGUGGCCAGAGUACAGCGGGUGGUGUUUACUCUAUACGUUUGUUGUCACUGAUGAAAUUUACCAGCGAAAAAGAGUUUACUCCCUUGUACCAGCACAAACGAUCGGGUUUAAUGGUGCCCUCGGUCUUGACCGAUAUUACCGGAGAUCAUGUGGCCGAUAUAGUGGUGUCUUCCUUUAAUUCCACUGUUAUGGCUUUUGAUGGCCGCAACUUUUCCAUGUUGUGGAAUUUUACAUUUCCCUCGAGUGAAAGUGUUAGUGCCAUAGUGCCGGGUCAUUUUAAUCAUGAUAAUGUUACGGAUUUUAUGGUAAAAUAUAAUACUGGACCUGGUUUUCCGGUGUAUUAUUAUUCGCAAACUACCAUACUGGAUGGUAGGAAUGGAAAACCUUUGCUGGAUGCUAUGAUGACAGAUUCGGGAGGUUCAAAUAGUUUAUUGGGUGGUGUUUCCAUAUCUCAGACCUUUGGUGGUGAUUUCUUUUUACACUGGCAAAUGCAGUGCAGAGAUAAAUAUGAGGCCAAGGAUGCUUAUGAAUUUAUACCAGACAGUGACAUAAUCUUGCAGGCCCGAGCCGAUACUUGCCGCUUAAGAUACAACACCUCCAGUGUGGUCAAACUAUAUGCCAUAGCUCGCCAUAUUGAGCCACCAGGCGCGGUAUUGUUUAGCACUGAUGAUUUGGAAGUGCAUUUAAAUCGCACCCAACAUGUUAAUCUCGUCACCGCUCACAAAACUCCCAAGUCUCCACUAAAACAUCCCAAAUUAUUGAAGAAACUUUUGGCCAACAAAGAACUAUUGGAAAAAGUUGUGGCCGCCGAAAAACUAGAGAGUUUAGAAAAGUCUAAGAAUCAAUUUAGACAGGAGACGGCACGCAAUCGCCUAUUGCCACCGGAAUUGAUACAAGAGGCUUUGGAGAAAAAUGAACCUCCGGUGGUGGAUACUUAUGAGGCUCUGAAGCAACUAAAUUCGCCCUAUUAUGGGAAUGUAGGUUAUGGCGGAAAUUCACCAGGUUUGAGGGAAUUUCAAAAGGACUACGAUGUCGUCGAACCCCAAAGAGUUCCCGAGGACUAUGAGAACGCCUAUCCGGACAGUGAGGUGCCCCAGAUAGUGCCCGCCAACGAACAUCCCAUACGUUUGCGUACAAAAUAUCCCGGCAAUCGGGAUAUACGCAGUGAUGUACCCACCUUUGAUGAAGAUUCCAAUUCCACCGCAAGUCUACCCACUGGCGGAGUGCCACAAAACAAUCUCGACAAAGAUGAGCCGCUGAGUUUAUGGGAUUUGGAGAGGGAGAAAGAAGAAAGAGACGCCAUGAAAAAACAGCAGCAACAGCAACAAAAUUACGAAAUCCAGGAGCAACAGCUGCAACAAAAUGCACAAAUCGAAGAUUUAUUGGGAGGGGUAGCGCCCGAAAAACGUAAGAAGAGAGAGGAAAGCAUGACAUCAACUGAAAAUGAUGACUGGUUCCUGGCUUCGAUAUCAUCGACUGGAGUUUUAAUGAAAUCUUUAAAUAACACCAGAUCCAGCAUAGAUUUUGCAUUUGUUUUGAAUAUAAGAGAAUCAGAGGCCUAUCCACCAUUAUUUAAGCCUCAGGAUUUAAAUUGUGUGGAGGAGAAAAUCAGCGCCUAUAAAAGCUACACUAUGGAUAACCAAAGAGCUUUGCGCAAACAAUUCCUUAAACAAUGCCUUAAUGAGCGUUUGGUCAACAUUAAUCCCGACUUGCCCAAAUAUGAGUCACAAUUGGUGGUCACACGCUUAAGCAUUACCUGCACUUGUCGUUCACUACAAGCCGGCGAGGUAUGCUCUGAAUUGGAUGAUAUCAAGCAACAAAAAUGGACUGAAUUCAUGGGUAAUGAUGGCAAUGGUUUUUAUAGAAAUUGAAAAAACAAUUCUAUAGAGUGGUGGUAAAAAUAAAAAUUUUAUAUAAACGAAAGGUUGAAUAAUGUUAAUUAUUUGGAAAAUGCACUUUAUGGGGUAGUCAAAACAAAACAAAAAAUACAAAGAAUUCCUUAAUUAGGUUGAAAAGCACAGUUUUUCAUUGAUUAGU